AUGGCUACGCUCGAGCAGCAAAGGUCCAAGCGCCUUUCGGCGGCACCUCUGCGUCGCUCGCCUGACCUCUCGGGUACUCGAACACCAGCUUCUCCCACCAUCAUCCGCACCAACGACUUUAUUCUCCUCCCCUCGGUACCCACGCAUGAACCCGAGGACAACCUGCCGAGUCCCAUGGCAUUGCAGCAGCAGUUUGCCAUCGCGGCACACAACGAUGCGCAGGCGAGACGCAGCCGCCAAAAUUCCAUGGCGGACGACGCAAUCAUGCCGUGUAGCCCGCGCAGAGCCUCGUCCUACCACCUCGCUGGCAGCAACUCUAGCCACGACAUGGACGAGCUCGAGGAGAUCGCCGAGCCCGAACCCGACCACGAAUCUGACCCAGCGUCGACGCACGACGCGCUGCGCGACGUUCGCAACCAGCAGCUUGAGCAGCUCCAGUCCAUUCUCAAUUCGUUCGCCGAGUUGCACUUCGCGUCGGCCUCGUCGAGCCACACGCCUGACGCCGGCAUCACUCAGAUCCUCGACGACAUGUUUGCUUCGCUCCGCCUCAUCGCCGGACACAAUGCUCCGCUGUCUCCCACCUUUGCUCGAUCUCCGGCCCACAGCAAGAUGUCGGACGCCGAUCGUCUCGUCUUGCUCGUCGACAGGCUCGCGCUCGUGCUUGGCGAUGUGCACGACGCUCACCAGGCGGGGUUGCUGGCCAACCUCACCAGCCUCAUCCACUCGCUCUUCACGACGCAACGGCGGCUGUCGCAAGCUGUCCUCGAGAGUCCUCCACGCACACCGCUUAUGCUUGCUGCUGCGUCGCGCCGUCGCUCCAUGCACCCUCCCUCUCAGCACUCGCCCCAGGCGAGCUCGCACCGAUCGCUAUCGCGCACCUCUUCUGGCUCGACCCGGUCGCACAUCACGCCUUCUACGUCGUCGGACGAAGCUACGCCCACGGCUAGUCGCGAUGUUCUGAAGCAGCACAAGGUCGAAGCAAACAGUCGUCAAGCCGUCACUCCAGCAGCGCCGUCGCAGGCUGAACAGCACCACGUCGAUGGCUCCGUGUUUGAUAUGGCUACGGUACGUCAACCAUCGAGCGCCACGACUACCACUUUCUCGCUCGAGAGUCUGUAUGCCCAUCGACCGUCGGCUCUCGGCUUGGUGACCGCUCCGCAGUCGCCUCGGUCCGAUCAGGCCUCGCGGGCGGCUUCCGUCGCCGGCAAGUCCGACUCGACGGCGCAGCCCUACCGCAAGCGCUUUUCGGUGCUCACCGACAGCGCUGCCAGCACCGCUCUACCUGGCUACGCUUCGGACGGUCCCGGUUACGAGCUCGGCAAGAGAGCAGCUCGUCAGCAAGGCACCUCGGAAGCCGAUGACCUGCCGCGGUACGAUGAGGCGUCUGCCAGCGGUGUUAGGGCCACCGAUGUCAAGACGCCCGUCGAGCCUCUCACUUUGCUCGAGCGUCGCCGCGCCAAGUUGGCGGCGCAGCACAGCGCCUACGCCGCGCGCACUCCGGAGGAUCUUGCCGUGGUGCAGAGCUCGAUCGACCGUCUGUCGACCGUCAUGCCGCAGCUCAACGACCAGCGUGCGCUUUCGCCCGAGGAGCAGCGCCAGGUGCAGCUGCAAGACAUGAUCGGUCGCCUGUCCGAGUCGAGUUCGAAGCGCAUGAACGAUCAGCGCAGCGAGCCUCCGACGCUGCGUGCGUCGAGACCGGCUCCUCCGGCGCCAACUGCGGAUGCUCAGGCUGUUGCGCAACAGGCACGCAAGCCGGAUGUCGCUAGGUUGGAUGCCGAUGUGCCGAGGACACCAAACACGCCGAGCUCGAUGCACAGCGGUUCGGCUGCGUCGUCGCGCCGAAGCUCGCUGAUUCCUCAGACGUUUGUACGCAAGCUUUCGUUGGCGAGCAUCGGAAACGCCAUCCGUCGUGCGUCUAUCUACGAUACGACCAAGGUGAAGCCCAAGGAGGAUACGGAUGUGGCUGCAUUCGCUGGUGCAGCUACGCAGGACGCGACGGUCCGUCGUCGUCGUUCAGCCACCACGCAGGACUCGCGUGCCAAGUCGGACAUUGCCGACACGCUUGCCAGCAUGUUCAACGAGGGCAAGCCGCGAGCCGAAGACAAGCGUGCAUCGCGUUUGAUGGUGGCGCAGACUGGGUUUCGAGCGAUCGACUUCGCUGACGACACGCCGAGAGGACGCGAGGAGAGUCUGGUGCCGAGAGCUAGUACGGAGGAGGAAGAGGACGAUAGCAUGCUCGACGACUACACGUUCGCCUCGAUUGACACGACCACUUCGAACCACAGGAUGUCGAUGAUCUCGGCUGCCUACUCGCCGCGCAGUCCUGUCAGCUGGUCCAGCGGCACGAGCAAGGUUUCGUCCAGGAGGAGUUCGCAGCUCACGUCGAAUCCGGCUACGCCCACGUGGCCCAAAUCGCCCUUGACGCCCGAUCCAAUUUUCAGAGCGCAGCUGGAGGAAAUUUCGGCCAAACGCGUCUCGAAAUCCCCCACGGUCACUUUUGCCGAUCUUGUCGUCACACCACCAUCAUCCAGGUUUGCGAACCGUCAGUGUAAGUUCGAAACAAGCGUAUUGUAA